CCACUUGCUUGACUUGAAACCAGAAGCGAGGUUUAGGUUUGGGGAACAAGUCCAGGAAGCUGUGUCAACUGAUAAGACAGAAAACGCAUGUAGCUUUAAAAAAACAACGUUUUUAACUUAUUAUUUUAGGGUUAGGGUAGAGUUGAGUUAAGAAUUUAGAAAUACAGCUUCAGUUUGGCGGGUGAAUUUCUGCCUGUUGGUCCCCAGUAGGACUAUAUUGUAUGGUGUGUGGCCGCACACACCCAAACUCCUGGAUAUGGCGGGUCUCUGUUGUCUGAAGAUCGUGCUGCUCUGGGCUGGAAUCAUCGGUUUGGCCAACUGUCAAAAUCCUUCAGAUAAUUCAACUCUCUCACCUCCACGCACCUAUUCCACUUCACCUUCAGUAACCACCCUAUCUGCCUCAACUCCACGCACCACGACAGAAGCUCCUGUCGUGUCUUCAACCACCCAAACAACUGCCCACAUACCUCCACUCACCACGCAGACCCUCACCUCAGAGUCCUCAAAUCAGACACUCAGUUCAAACACCACGUCUGCCUCUUCUCCUGCAAGCACCUCAUCCUCACCCACAAACACUUCAACCAGCAGGGAACCAGACUCUCAAACAAACCAAACUCACAGCACGACCUCGCCUCCAACCACUGCGCCCAACACCACAGUCAUUACAACCAUCCCAGCCAGCACACCAGCCCCUCCACCUCCACAGUGUGAUUACACUGUUGUACCGAUCAAGUUUGGCCUCAAGAUUACAUUGACUACAGGAUCUACUGCUGGUAACUACAUCAUAAACAUUGUAAAAGAAGGCAGACUAGAGAACAAAACGAGAAUCAACCAUCAGGACUCCAAUCAAACCUCAUCACAUGACAUCAAACACCUGAAGCCCUGUACUGCAUAUGAGCACAGUGUGGCAUUUAUUGAUAGAACUGGCAACCAAACCUGUAACAGCACUGGAAAUGAAACUACAACAACACCUGGAAUGAAGGAAACGGACAUUGAUGAUGUCAGCUGCAUCCCUGGAUAUGUUUGUUACCGGAGUGAAUGGGACAUCAGGUCUUCAUUUUCAACACCAAAUACUAUUCUAGCUGUGCCAUGCCAAAGUGACAGGAACGCAAUCUGCAUCAAACCUGGUUACAAUGACAUUUGCUCCAAUUUGACGACAAUCUUUACAUCAGCAGGAAACUGUGUGAACUCUUCCUUUAUCAAAACCAAAAGCAUCAGUGUUGAUUUUUUAAAUCCAAGUGAAAUAAAUCAGACGGCUCCAACUGGACUUCCUGCGGAAAUAAAACCAACAUUACCUCCAAACUGUGAUCUCACUGUUGAUUACACCUGUCAGGAAAAUGGAAAUCCCAACAACACCAAGCAAUUGUCGGAGCUGGAGCCGUUCACAGACUACAGCUGUACUGGUCAGAUCAAGAACAUCAGUGAUGUCAUCAUAACAAACACACCUGCUAUCAAGUUCAACAUUGAGUGUGAUAUUGAAAUAAGAAUCGACCAAAGUAGGAAACCAACCAAUACCUCCAUUGAUCUGAGUUGGACCACAACCAGUAGGAACUGUAAAGAUCUUCCCAAUCUUCCGAAGCUUUCUUAUCACUGCAGUUGUGUGACGAAACACAGUGACCAACGACAAGCUGGAGUUAACAAACAUCCACAAGGAGGAACAUGUAAUUUUACUGAUCUGAAACCAUUCACCGUCUAUACCUGUGAAGUCCAACCCACCUACAACAACAAGGACGUUGACCAAUCAACUAAAAUUAGACAGAAAACUGACGUUGGAGUACCAGCAGUAGUUACUAACCUGAAGGUGGAUCUUGUGGAGCAUAAUGUGAUUAAAGUAACCUGCCAUACUGUAAACAAUUUUAAUGGACCUGAGGAGAAAUACAUUGCAUGUCUUAAUGACUGUAAUGAGAAGAACCUUAAACAAGAAAAGAAUAAAUGUGAAUUUGAAUUCAAAGAUCUAAGCUACUUAACAACCUACAAAGUGAAGGUGACUGGUUUCAAUGGAGAAUUGGAGAGCAAACCAGUGAUGAAGGUCAUUGACACUUCAUAUAAUGACAAAGCUCUGAUUGGGUUUCUGGUCUUCCUCAUCAUCCUCACGUCUGUGGCUCUGCUUUUGGUCAUCUACAAGAUUUACAUUCUGAAGCGCAGAAAGUCCCAUGACUUGAGUGAAAACAUAAAUCUCAUUUCGACAACAAAUGAUGAGGAGAACCUGAUGCCUGUCGAGCCAAUUGCAGCUGAGGUCCUGCUGGAAGCCUACAAGAGGAAGCUCGCUGAUGAGGGAAGACUUUUCCUGGCUGAGUUUCAGAGCAUCCCCAGAAUUUUCUCAAGGUACAGCGUGAAAGAGGCCAAAAAGCCCUGCAAUGUCCCCAAGAACCGAUACGUGGACAUCCUGCCAUAUGAUUAUAACCGCGUGCAGCUGACCACCGGAAAUGGAGAAGCAGGAUGUGACUACAUCAAUGCCAGCUUCAUUGAUGGAUACAAGGAAUCCAAGAAGUACAUUGCAGCUCAAGGACCAAAGGAGGAAACUGUGAGUGACUUCUGGAGGAUGGUCUGGGAGCAGCAGUCCUCUAUCAUUGUCAUGGUAACGCGUUGUGAAGAAGGAAACAGGGUGAAGUGUGCGCAAUACUGGCCAUCUCCAGAUCGAGAGACGGAGAUCUUUGAGGAGUUUAUUGUGAAGCUGAACUCAGAAGACUACUGUCCAGAUUACACCAUCCGCCAUCUCAGCCUAACUAAUAAGAGGGAAAAGAACUCAGAGAGGGAGGUGACCCACAUUCAGUUCAUGAGUUGGCCAGACCACGGAGUCCCAGGGGAUCCACAUCUUCUCCUGAAACUGAGGCGGCGUGUCAAUGCUUUCAAGAAUUUCUUCAGUGGCCCCAUAGUCGUUCACUGCAGUGCGGGAGUCGGUAGGACGGGCACCUACAUUGGCAUUGAUGCCAUGAUGGAGGGUCUGGAGGCAGAAGGCAGAGUGGACAUCUACGGUUAUGUAGUCAGACUGCGCAGACAGAGAUGUCUAAUGGUUCAAGUAGAGGCCCAGUACAUCCUGAUUCACCAGGCGCUGCUUGAGCACAAUCAGUUUGGAGAGACUGAGAUCACCCUGCCUGAGCUCCAUAGCACGCUGAGCACGCUCAAACAGAAAAACUCGGGCAAUGAACCUACCUUAAUGGAGGAGGAGUUUGAGAGACUCCCCGCCUUUAAAAACUGGAGGACAUUCAACACUGGGAUCACAGAAGAAAACAAGAAGAAGAAUCGCUCUUCAGAUGCCAUCCCAUAUGACUUCAACCGAGUGUUGCUGAGGCUUGAUGAAGGACACAGUCGUGAUAGUGAACCCGAUGAGGAUGAUGAGGAAGAGUCAUCAGAUGAGGAGGAUGACGAAUCCGCAAAGUACAUCAAUGCCUCCCACAUAGAUGGUUACUGGGGCCCACGCACCUUCAUCGCAGCACAGACGCCACUGCCAGACACAAUGGCUGACUUCUGGUCGAUGGUUUACCAGAAGAAAGCAUCUACUAUUGUCAUGUUGUCAAACUGUAGUGAGGAAGACAAGGAGUCUGACUGUGUCUACUGGGAUAAAGACAAGAAAUCAUUUGGAGACUUUGAGGUGGAGGUGGCAAGCACAGACACCUCCCCAACUUUCAUCACCCGCAACAUGCUGAUCCGUCAUGUCAAGAGGAAAGAGAGUCGGCCGGUGAAACACUUCCAGUUCCUGAAGUGGACGAGCGGAGAGCUGCCGGAGAAACCUCAAGAUCUCACAGACAUGAUCAAGGACAUCAAGCACAGCUGUGGCAGCAGCAAAUCACAGAGGAACAUACCCAUACCCAUCGUGGUCCACUGCAAUAAUGGCUCGACCCGUUCAGGGAUUUUCUGUGCUCUGUGGAACCUGCUGGACAGUGCUGAAAGUGAGAAGCUGGUAGAUGUUUUCCAGGUGACCAAAACCCUACGCAAGGAGCGACAGGGCAUGUUCCUGAGCCUGGAGCAGUACCAGUUCUUGUACGACGCAAUGGAGGGUGUCUUCCCUGUCCAGAAUGGGGAAGUGAAACCAGUGCAGGCCUCUGCAGCCGACUCCGUCCAGAUUGUCAAUGAAACCAAAGCAGCAGUGCAGCCAGCUGAAGAGAAGGCUGAGCAGCCAGCCAGCACUACCAGCAAAGAACAGCAGGAGGAGGCAGAGAGUGCUCCUCUUGUGGCUGACGGAGGGAAGGGAGACAAAGAAGAGGAACCUGAAAAGGUUUCCACAGAGACAACACCACUGGAGGACAAAAGCAAUGGUCCCACUGUCACUGUGGUCUGAGAGGGGUUGCAGGGGUUUUGAAAAUAAUUGCUUCAGCUGAAUGCUUUCUUUUAAUAUACUUUAUGAAUGUAUAAACAUUGUAAAAGUUUAACACAGUGUGGUUUUGGUUGAAAUUUGUUAAAGAAUUUGGAUCAAAUUUUAAUGUCAAUUUCCAAAACUAUGAUUUAAACUAAGUUAUACAUAUUUUAGUAGUAAAAGUGUUAGGAUGCAAAUAUAUUAUAAUUUCUGUGAGCAAAGUUUACUGGAUGCUGUUGUCAAACUAGGGUUACUGUAUAGUUACAUAUCUAAGAACUAAAUUUUUAAAUAUACAACAGAUGUUGUUUCAUAACCCUUUAUAUUUUAGUUAGUUUAUGUAUUCAUUUCCUCGCUAAAUAAUGAUGAUGCUAUAGUCUACAUUUAUAUAUAUCUGAUAUAGCUGUUAUUCAAAAUAAGUUCAAAAUUUGUUAUGUGACACUGUGACAUUUCAUUAAAAGACUUACAAAGAAAAAUA